CCUGAAAUUUCUUCCUAGCUCUUGCAGGAUGGACUCCUUGCCUUUCCUUGUCCUUGGAGCUCCCCUGGUGGUGUUAGGUCAUAUUUAGCCCCGAUUUUGGAGAUGUGGCCCAUCUUAACCUGGAGCCCUUUCUCAGACUCUGCUCCAUUCAUGACUCAGGCAUUCACCAAGUAGUAAAGUGUGACUAUAAUUAGUACAAUUAACAUACAAAUAUAGGACAUUCAUGCUUAUGUGCCCAGUGAUUCGCAAGGCCUGAAAAAUUGAAGGAAGGCUUUCAGGAGAAAGCUCUUUUCAGAGUUGCCUGAGCUGCCUCUGAUGGACUUGGCAAGUUGAAGAAUUGAGAGAAGGUCUUCCAGUGGGAGUGUGACAGCAAGUCUAGUACAUACCAGAGACUGGGUGACUGGGCAGGCUGUCCCUCACUAUUUGGAAAGCUUGGAACAGCCAGUGGCCUUUGGUCAUCAGUUUUCUCUGUGUAGAGGUGAGGAUGCAGACCUGCUGUCUGCUUGGGAAUCACGGAUACGUUUAGUUUGGCCAGCCCCAUGCUUUAUAUUUAAAUGAGUUUUCCACACCUAAAAAUUGGAAGAUUAUAUCUGAAGGUCUGGAUUGCCAACCUCUUUGAGAAAAGAUUGCUUACCACUCUCCAGAGUCCCCCCUUUUGGUGGAUGAUAAGUAGCUGAAGCCAAACAGUGUCUCCACAGUGCAGUCAUGCCUUCACCCCCUGACCAUGGCUGAAGAGUCUGCCUCACUCAUUUUCCUGGCCUGUGAAGGUUUUGCCUUCACCUGCUCUGAGCCAGAUUCAGCCAGAAUCUACAAAGAUUUUCUCAUCCUUAAGACUAGGCAGCAUGUGAACUUGACAUAAUUGGAUAAAGUUAACAUUUACUAACCACCUAAACAGAUACCAGGUAAACACUAAGAAAAUACUAAAAGAAAAACUGAAAAGAGAAGAAAGAAAUAAGUGUGACACUACAAAAAAAAUCAGUAAAUAUAAAAAAAGGCAAGAAUGGAGGAACAAAAGACACAGACAACAAACAACUAAAUGGUAUAAACAUUAAUGGCCUUCAGAGAUGUGGCUGUGGCCUUCACCCAGAAGGAGUGGAGGCUACUGAGUCCUGCUCAGAGGACCCUGUAUCGGGAUGUAAUGCUGGAGAACUACAGCCACUUGGUGUCGCUGGGAAUUGCCUUUUCCAAACCCAAACUCAUCACCCAGCUGGAGCAAGGGGAUGAGCCCUGGAGAGAGGAGAGCGAAUGUCUUCUGGACCUUUGUCCAGCAGAACCAGGAACAGAAUUCCAGCCAUGUGUCCAUUCCUGCCCGGUGGCCUUUUCCAGUCCACAGUUCCUUCAACAGUACGUGCUGUGCGGUCACCUUCCUCAGAUCUUCCCAAGCUCAUAUGCAGGAAGCCCCGUCUCAACGGAAGCUCCAAGCUGCUCAAGUGAACAAGGAGAUGAGGAAGAGAUAGAAGGGAGACUUGAGCUGAGUGGGGUUUCCCGGGUGCUCUUCAGAUCCUCUCAGGGUCGGCCAGUAGACUGGGUAGAAGGCAAAAGAGCUGGGGGAGUAGACCAGGGGAUGUGUCCUGAAGAAGCAGACCUUUCAGCACCUGGAGCAGCCAUGUGUGGGAAAUACAGACUGGGACUUGGUCCCAAAUCCAGUCUCUUAAGCCUCCAGAAACAUCACGUAUGUCCUGAAUGUGGCAGAGGCUUCUGCCAGAGGUCAGACCUCACCAAGCACCAAAGGACACACUCAGGAGAAAAGCCUUACAGCUGUAGGGAGUGUGGGCGAGGCUUUGGCCGCAAGUCCUCCCUCACCAUCCACCAGAGGAAACACUCAGGGGAGAAGCCUUAUGUGUGUCGGGAGUGUGGCCGCCACUUCAGGUACACGUCCUCACUUACCAACCACAAGAGGAUACACUCUGGGGAGAGGCCCUUCGAAUGUCAGGAAUGUGGGCGAGGCUUUCGCCAAAAGAUCGCCCUGAUCCUGCACCAGAGGACACACUUGGAGGAGAAGCCCUUUGUGUGUCCCGAGUGUGGGAGGGGCUUUUGCCAGAAGGCAUCGCUCCUCCAACACCGAAGCUCACAUUCGAGUGAAAGACCCUUCUUGUGCCUUGAGUGUGGGCGUGGUUUCAGGCAGCAGGCACUGCUCCUCAGUCACCAAGUCACACACUCAGGGGAGAAGCCUUAUAUCUGUGCUGAAUGUGGGCAUGGCUUUCGCCAGAAGGUCACCCUUGUCAGACACCAGAGGACACACACAGGGGAGAAGCCUUACCUGUGCCCUGAGUGUGGCCGCGGCUUUAGCCAGAAGGUCUCCCUCAUGGGACACCAGAGGACACAUACAGGGGAGAGGCCUUACCUGUGCCCUGAGUGUGGGCGUGGCUUUGGCCAGAAGGUUACCCUCAUCAGACACCAGAGGACACAUACAGGGGAGAAGCCUUACCUGUGCCCGGAGUGUGGACGUACCUUUGGCUUCAAGUCGCUUCUCACCAGACACCAGAGGACACACUCAGGGGAGGCGACUGAUGUGUACAGAGUGUGUGAGCAAGGACUGGGCCAGAAGUCUCACUUCACCUCUGACCAGAGGACACACAAAGGGGAGAAGCCGUGCGUGUGCAGUGAGUGUGGGCGUGGCUUCGGCUUCAGGUCGGCCCUCAUCAGACACCAGCGCACCCACUCAGGAGAGAAGCCGUAUGUGUGCAGGGAGUGUGGCCGAGGCUUCAGCCAGAAGUCUCACCUCCACAGACAUAGGAGGACCAAGUCUGGCCAUCGCCUCCCACCUCAAGAGCUGCUCUCCUGACCUUUCCUUUCCUCACGGUUGUGAAGAUGGCAGAAAGCACUAGGAAAUGUUCCACUUUCUUCAAAUGCAGUGGAGGGGAAAAAAAAUGUGUUUUCAAUGAUUGUAAGAUCAUUAAUUUAUGGUUUAUUUUCUGUACUAGCGAUGGCUUUGAUUUGCUAAAGCUGCCAUUAAAAAAACGCAACAAACUUGA